AUGUCGUACAAUUUCCAUGACAAGACCGUUGUCAUCACUGGAGCUGGGAGCGGAAUAGGGAAGGCCACUUCUCUUAAACUCAAUGCCCUUGGAGCUACUUUGAUACUCUGCGACUUAAACCUGGAGUCACUAGAGCAACUCAAGACCGAGCUCGAAGCUACCUCCACCUCCACCGUUCAUCUCUACAAAGAAUGUGAUGUGGCAUGCAGCACGCAGUGUCUCUCGGUAGUUGAGUCAGUCCACGGCCAUACCGGCGUAAAGAGAUUGGACUACCUGUUUAACUGCGCUGGAAUCAACCCCACUGAAAUUGCAAUCACCGAUACUACCGACGACUACUACACUCGCUUGGUAGACGUGAAUCUUCGGGGAACGUUCAAUAUGAGCCGUGCAUGUGUUCCCCUGAUGGUAGACGGCUCGGUGAUUGUCAAUGUGUCUAGCAUGUGCGGGCUCAGGGGCUACUCAGGAUACUCGGUCUACUGUGCAACAAAGUUCGCAGUUAUUGGAUUUACGAAGGCUCUAGCUCUGGAACUGGGCCCCAAAGGGAUCCGAGUCAACGCUGUCGCCCCAGGUCCGAUCGACACACCGACUAUGGUGGGGAAUGUUUCCGGGAAGAGUGAACACAACCAGGAAUUAAGAAGUAGCCUCGCACUGGAGAGAUUGGGGGAGCCUUCGGAGGUGGCGGAUGUGGCAAUUUUCCUGUUUAGUCCUCAAAGUUCAUUCAUGACCGGAAGUGUGGUAGAUGUUACUGGUGGUCUCCGGUAA